CAGUUGGAUGAGGAACAGGAGACGGCGCAGUCUGUAUGGCCAAGCGAGGGAUGCGGAUGGAAUCCUCGAUCUGAGUGACGCGCAGAUUGGCGACGCUGGUGCGCAGGCCAUUGCGAAGGCACUCAAGGCGAACACGAGGCUGACUUGGCUCGAUCUGAGUAACAAUCAGAUUGGCGAUUCUGGAGUUCAAGCAAUCGCUAAAUCACUCAAAGCGAACGAGACGCUAACUGGGCUCCAUCUGAGUAACAAUCAGAUUGGCGAUUCUGGAGUUCAAGCAAUCGCUAAAUCACUCAAAGCGAACGAGACGCUAACUGGGCUCCAUUUGGCUGGGAAUCGGAUUGGCGAUGCUGGAGCGCAGGCAAUUGCAGAGGUACUCAAAGUGAACUCGACAUUGACUGAGCUUAGUCUCCACGAGAAUCAGAUCGGCGAUGUUGGAGCGCAAGGAGUGGCUGAAGCACUCAAAGUGAACUCGAAGCUGAAUCAGCUCUCUCUACGUUCUAAUUGCAUUGGCAAUCUUGGUUUUCAAGCGCUCGAUGAGACAAGCAAAGUCACCUGUAGAAUUGAAAUUGACCGCUACUACGAUCAGGUCAAUCCUCUUGCAUUCUCCUUACUUCCACGACUGGCAACUGCUAAAGACAUCCAAAAAGUGUUCCGCAUGCUGACCAGCGGCUUGGAGCUGGAGAAUCAGCCCGCAUGUUUACCUGCACUACCAACCGAGAUUGCCGGCCUGAUCAUGGACGAAGCGCAUUACUGGCAAGGCGUGCUGCGCACCAAGCGAGGGGAUUCUGAUGUCGAUAUCCUGAAAGUCACUGUGCCUCAAAGAGAUUCAAUCCGUGUGAAAGCAAUUCAAGUGCUUCGUGACUGGAGCAGCGAGCUUGACGACAUCGACGACUGUGCUUUCGAUUUGACUGUCCAAGAUGAACAAGGUGCUGUUCGAUACGAAUGUGCUGUGCACCCGACUUUCGUCAACUCGAACCUCACUCUUGCGACGAUCGAGCCGGCGACUACUCCCAUCCUCCGGCAAAUGCGCGAGGGUUGGCAAGUUCGAUUUCUACUCAACGAUUGUGGAGAUGCUCUAUUUGAGGCGGUUUAUGUAGGAUAUGUCUAACGACAUACUUUCGCGGAAACCUCACUGUGCGCCGUCCGUGGGGUUUUUCAGAACCGUUCAAAUUUGUGCUGCUGUGUGGACGGGAAUCAAAAAUAAAAGUUUGUUCUGUUGUCA